AUGCCAGGCGAGAAGAAUGGACAGCUGAUGAUAGUGGGCACAAAGAAUGCAGCAUUUAUGGGCCACAAAGACAUCCAGCAGAACCCCCAAGAUAAGGAAGAAACUGGUAAGCUUAUCUAGAUUUUAAAUUAUGUGAUAUUUACAAUUGUCCAGGGUAUACAUGUAAGCACAGAAGAUUUUAUUAAAUGUGGAGAUCCAGGUAAAUAUCAGAGGAUAAAAUAGAUUCCAUCUCUAAAGAUUUUGAUAACACAUCUGAAUUAUAAUUGCCUCCCCAAGUCUAUUUUCAAGGAAAGAGUUAUGAUAAUGUUGUUUUGAAACCCUAAAGAUACAGCUGUUUCAUUUUUCCAUUUCCAUAACAAUGUGCCAAGUGUCCCCAGUUACAGCUCCAGUGAUGAGUUCUUUUCGGGAUUCAUGACAGAUCUGCUCAGCUGGGGAUCCUGUUUUGAUCCUGCAGUCACCUGGAACAAACACACUGAAGGUAAGAAUACUGUGAUCAUAAUAUAUGAAGACCUGAAAGGGAACCUGGCUGCCAGUGUAAAGCAGAUAGCUGCAUUCUUUGGAUUCUCACCAACAGCUGAGCAGAUCCAGGCCAUUGCAGGAAGGCACACUUUCCAGCUAGUGAGUAUUGAAACUCAGGAGACUCAUGGUGCUGUUAGUCAAGGGUAAUAAUUUCCUCUUCUUUAUAUUCAAGGUGUUUUUGGAGACUGGAAGAAUAUUUUCGCUGAAGCUCAGAACCAGAAAUUGGCUACCAAAUCUGUGGUGUGCUUAGAAGUAGCUUAGCUGGGAGUGAAGUUUAAAUAUGACAUGUAUUGCAAGGCCUGA